UGGAAUCAGCGGUGUUUUCAGUCAUGUCGGGUGGAAACAUCAAAGACUUCGAUGAAAUCACGUCUUUUCUGGGAGACUACGGCUUCUUUCAGUACCUCAUCAUGGUUAUGCUCAGUUUAAGCACAAUCACAUGCGGGUACACGGGAACGAUCGUGGUUUUCGUUUCGGAUACGCCCGAGCACCACUGCAGAGUGUCGGGCAACUCCACACAUAACGGCACAGAUGUGGAGCAGAGCAGCUGGAUCGGACCUGACAGCUGCUCCCGGUACAAAGUGCACGGAAACUGGACGGAGACAGCGAGACCCAGCAACGACACAGAGCCAUGUCUGGAUGGGUGGGUCUUUAGCAGGGAGAGAUACACCGCCACUAUAGUGUCUGAGUGGGAUCUGGUGUGUGACAGUGCGUGGAAGGUCCCUUUUUCUACCUCCCUAUUCUUUGUAGGAGUCCUUAUUGGAUCCUUUAUUUCUGGUCACCUGUCAGACCGUUACAUCACGUCACUCGUACUGGGCUCUGAGAUCCUUCGCUCGAGGGCCAGGAUUAGCUUCUCACUGCUGGGCCACAGUUUGGGUUUUGGCUUCGGAUACGCCUUGUUGCCGCUCUUUGCCUUCUUAAUACGAGGAUGGAGGAUGCUGCUGGUCGCUUCUGCCAUCCCCGGCUUCCUGUUUAUUCCAGCAUGGUGGGUGAUCCCUGAGUCUCCCCGUUGGCUUUUACAGAAAGGUCGGUUGGAGGAGGCCGAGAUGGUCAUUCGCACUGCCGCCAAAAGGAACGGAGUCCCUGCUCCUGAGAUCAUAUUCAGGACGGAUGAGUGCAUGGAGCUAACGAAAACUAAGGAUGAAGAGGAACACACAUACUCCUUUCUGGACCUGAUACGCACCCCUAACAUGAGGAAUAUAACAAUUCUGAGUGUUAUUAUAUGGAUGUCCACCUCCAUGGUCUUCUACGGUCUCUCUCUCAAUACUAGUAACUUAAAUGGAAAUGCCUACCUCAACUGCUUCAUUUCAGCAGCCAUUGACAUGUUGACGUAUAUAGCCACCUGGGUGCUGGUAAACCGUGUGUCACAACCCACACUCCUCUUCUCCAUGCUGACAUUCUGUGGCAUCAUGCUUCUAGUUAUAAUGCUGCUUCCUGAAGACAUGCAAGUCAUGCUCCAGGUGUUAGCUUUGGUGGGAAAGAUUGGAGUAUCUGCUGCUUACUGCCUCAUCUAUGUGUUUUUCACUGAGCUGAUCCCCACUGUUGUCAGGAACAUGGGCUUAGGGGUCGCCUCCACAGCUGCACGCAUAGGCAGCAUCAUUUGUCCCUAUGUCAUCUACAUGGGCGAGUACAGCAAGAUCCUGCCGUACAUUGUUUUUGGCGCAGUCAGCAUCAUGGCUGCCACUGUUAGCAUGUUGCUGCCAGACACCAGAAACAGCAAACUUCCUGAUCUUACCAGCCAGGCCAGACCUAUCAGAGGCUGCUGUUGUCCAAAGGAAACUGCUGAAGCCCAGUCAGAUGCAACUGUGAAGGCUUAAACAAAUGAGCAGAGCGCCCUCUGCUGGAAGAAAAUCACACAGCAAACAUUGAGUGAUCACAGACAAAAGACUGGAAAACAAAUGGGAAGUAUUUGUUUUGUGAUGUGUUGGACAGACAUUAAUGCUGUUUAUGAGACAGAUCCUCUGAGCCUCUCAGGUUCAUUUUCAUACAUGGUGCAGAAUACUCAAUAUCAGUUACAUCAUUGUGAAAAGAUUUUUAACAGUGUUUAUAUGUCAAGAGGCAGCUAGGCUACAUUUUCCUCAAACCACUAUAGUUUCUUGAUAAAUAUUUUGUUUUGUUUUUUUAAAUAAAAAUGACCAUAACUUAAUGGCGUAUAUAAAACCUUGAAACAGCACUCACGAUUCUAGUAUAGGUCUUUCGACAUGGGCAUGCCAUGAUGACUGUUAGCACUGUUUCAGAUGGGACCUUGGGUGCACAGGGUACAUUCACAGUUCACUGAAAGCAGUA